CUCGGCAAAUUCAUGAUUCAUUACGCCAUUACUCUUUCCUAAAAUGUAACGUAGCGUGUCGCGGAGGGGGUAGAGAGAAAAAAAGAGACGCUGUGGUGAAAAUUUGUAACAUUUGGAAUUUCCUCAUAACUAAUUCACAAUUUUUUUUUUUGGAGGAAGCAGUUGUGCAGUCACCUCUGGUCGGGGAGGGAAGAUUUCUGGAGCGGGGAGCCUGUUUCGCAUGAGCUGCAUCGUUUUUGGAGAAGCACGGGCUCAGAGGAGGUGGAGUCAUGAGCGCACAAGAGGCACCCAAUCCCGGGAAGGAGCAGGCAGACGGUGGGAGUGCGGCCACAGAUGGCCCCUCACCAACCUUAGCCCCAAAGACCAAGAGCACAUCUCCACCACCUGUUACAGUGAAGAAGGAGCCCGGGACCUCAGAGACGAGUAACGGGAAAGUGGGUGAUGCCAACCCCGCUGAGAUCUGUGUUGUCAUUGGAGGAGCUGACGGCGGAGCAAGCGGAGGUGGAUCCCGUAGAGCUCAGACCGAGGGUAUGUUUGCCCUUGGUACUCCUCCUCCAACGAAGAGCACAGACUCAUGCAUAGGUUCCUAUGUAUGUGGGGUGUGUGGGAAGAAGUACAAGUAUUAUAACUGCUUUCAGACACACGUCAGGGCACACAGAGAAUCAGAUAGCAUGGUUGCGGAUGGUCUCCCCCAGACAGCCAACAUCUUGUCUCCUCACUGUAGGCGCCUUCCCAUAGGUGACAUCCUAAUACCAGAUAGCUUCCGUUACUCCUGUGACAUCUGUGGCAAGAAGUAUAAAUACUACAGCUGCUUCCAGGAGCACCGUGACCUGCAUGCAGUUGAUGAUCCAUAUGAACAGGUAGUGUUACCUGUGGAUGGCCUUAAAGAGGAGGAGCCAGUUGAACCCUACCAGAAAAUCGGACCAAGGGAAAAAGCACUCGCCCACCUCCGCAGAGACCGCGGGUUCAACCGACGGCAGCGGGUGUCCCUUCAAACACAAUUGGCAGUGUUCGCAGAAACUGGGAGCUAUGUUUGUGAGUUCUGUGGGAAGCAGUACAAGUAUUUCAACCCCUAUCAGGAGCAUGUUGCUCUUCACACACCAAUGGGCUCCUUUGAUUUGAAGACAUCACGGGUACAGGAAUGUGGUAGCAUGGAUAUGAGUAAAUUUGGCCACAGCCAAGCUGGUAAGAUAAAAAACAGUCCAUUCAGGCGGAAACUGGAAAGUGCAAUUCAGUCUAGUCUGGUUGACACAAACAGCUCGCAGAAUUCGAGCGGAACUCCGAGCCCUCUGGUGGCCAGCACCUUCUCUGCAACCCAGAAACCCUACACUUGUGGUGCCUGUGGCAUCCAGUUCCAGUUCUACAACAACCUGCUGGAGCACAUGCAGUCCCACGCUGCGGACAAUGAGAACCACACCAAAGGGGACUCUCCCAAAACCUCCUCAGCCUCCGGUCCUCAAGAGCCGCUGUGGAGAGGCUCUCAGGCUCAGGCCCAUUCCUCAGUUAAACUACAAAUCCAGCCUCAAAGUAUCUCCCAGAGAAACAACACACUCAGCCAGAAUAAUGGACUACCUGAGAAGGAACGACAGCAGGUGGCUGAGCGCCUCUUACGGGUAAUGUGCUCAGAUCUGAGCAUGCUAAACGUGCUCAACAGCAAGGACUUCCUGAAGUUGGCACAGACCCUAGUGGAUACAGGUGCUCGUCAUGGUGCCUACUCCACCCGUGAUGCUUUUGGCAACAUGAGUGCCUUGGCACUGCGCCAGCUGCCCCGCAUGUACAACCAAGUCAAAGUCAAAGUCACGUGUGCUCUAGGCUCCAAUGCUUCACUUGGCAUCGCUGUCACCUGCCACUCCCAGACAUCAGGUCCAGAUGCUUGCUACGUUCUAACAGCCUACCAGGUUGAGGGGUCGAGACUGAAGCGCUAUGUGCUCGGCGUGAGGGAGGCUGAGCUGAGGGAGGGGCCUGAGCAGAUUCACCACUGGGUGCAGAAUGUGCUGUCUGAGUUUGUGAUGUCAGACAUUCGCACCGUGUAUGUCUCAGAGCCCAGAGUGUGGGCGGCAGGAUUUGCAGGAUCACCACUUGGCGGCGGCGGCCGGAGCAGGAUAUGCUUGCGAUGCGCAGGGUGUUCUCUCGGUGCAGUUGUCCAGGCUGUUCUUGGGAAGCGAAGCCUCCAGGCUCGAGGCCUUCACGAGUUGGCUGAGCUUCUCUCAACAUGCCGAGAUAUCGCCUCCUCCACCACUCUGUCCCUUCGCGAGGAGCCGUGCACCAACACAUCCACAAGCACAACUGAGGAAGGUUCACAGAGCAGCCCUGCACAGUGCCCCACCCCUCCUUGCUGGGAUCGUACGGCUGAAGCUCUUCUGCAGGUCCAUGCACACUUUGAACAAAUUUGUGAGGCUUUUGGACGCAGCAAGGCCACAGCUCCACUCCUCCAAGGUCUCAACAAGCAUCUGCUGGGCACGCUGGCUUGUCUGCUGGCACCUCUGCGUCUGGCAGCUCUGGAGCUGAGCAGUCAGAGGAGACCAACGUUGCAGCAGGUGCUGCCGGUCUACCUACGCUUGGAGAAGUUUUUCACAUCCAAAGCUGGAGAGGCUGGAACUGGCACGGCUAGCAAACUCUGCCACUACUUCCUAGAAGCACUGAAGGAGAACUUCAAGGUUGAACGAGCCCACCAGGUAGCCAUGGUCCUGGAUCCACAACUCAAGCUGCGUUCAGUGCCAGCCUACCAGCAUGAAGACAUAAUCUCCCGUGCAUGUGAAAUGGCUGCUGAAACCAGGGAUGGAGGUAUGACUGGUGGUGGAGGCUCAGGUGGUGAAGAGCGGGACACUGACGGCCCACCAACUCCUAAAAUAAGUCGCGUAGAGGGUGCGGGAAACAAUGGCGGCACCUCACGGGGGACCUCCUCAUCUUGCUCUGUGUCUGGUAACGAUGAGAGUCAGAGCCAAGUUAGGCAAGAGAUUUUUCAAUACCUGGCUGAGCCUCUUCUCCAAGGCACACCUGACCUCUUCCAGUACUGGAGCACAGCAGUGAACGAGAAGUUCCCCAAGCUCGCUCGCCUGGCGAUGUGGCUCCUUGCUGUGCCUGCUGUGGGCAUACGCAAUGAGUGUGUGACUGUGUGCGAGCAGAGCCUAGCUAUGAAGAGGAGGCAGCAGGUAACCGCUGAGGAGAUGAACAAACUCAUUUUCCUUCGCUCCAACAUGGGCUAGGAGAGAAACUCAGCCAACCCUAAUCAACCAAACCUUCACCUCCAACCAAUGACUGAAGACUAUUAUUUAUAUACUGUAGGUUUAGACAACUUAAAUGUGUUAAAUACUUCUCCAGACAGAUAUUUACAGGAAACUCACAUUGUAUAGGUUGCAAACACCCAUAAAACAAUACGGCUUAUUACAUAUUUUAUAUGGAGAAAGGACUGUUGUAAAGUACUGUGGACAAAAUGUAGGGGUGGAACGGUAACUCUCAAAAGAUUGUCCCGUUUGGUACGCCACCCUCGGUUUGGGAUGCACAUGUAAGCAGGAUCAGUCUUAUCAUGGCCAGUGAUUUGAAUUACUCCAGCCUAAUGACUGCUCAAGGCUAUAAUGCUGUUAUUCUCACUGGAUGGCAACAUUUUCAGGUAAAGUCAGCUUUCACUGCUUGAAACUACCGUCAUAGACCUCUGAAAACUCACAGCAGUACGUACUGUAGCAUGUACAGUAUAAGAAGGAUGAGUUUCAUUGGUGUAUGACACAAAAAUUCAAGAGGUGAAUCUCCACUGCCAUUGCACCUCUGACACUUAAGUGUACCAGGUUUUUGAUUUACCGUGUAUCACUGAAGAUUAUAUUUUUCAACAUACUCAGCCACGGGAAACAGUCAGGUAUCACAGCUAAAUCAUUGCAGCUAAUUCGAUGGUCGCUUCUGGUGACCUAAAAAUUUAGCUGUCGAUCAUUUGCAUGCACUGCACUGCACGCAUUUUUCAUUCAAAGGGUAAAACAGCAGCCGAUAAAACAUUAAUAUGAUGCUUUCCAUUUCUGUUUAUGUUACAAAUUGUAAAGAAAAGUCAUCCAGUGGUUUGUUUUCUUACUAAAAUUAACUUGAGAGGUCUUUUGCUGCUAGAAUUGCAAGUCAAAUUGCUAGAUUUGCAUAGAUGGGCCUAUACCAUGAAGUUUUCUUGGAUAAAAUGAAGCUUUUGGUUGACUUGUCUUAACAUGCACAAAGAGGACAGCAUCAUAUUAGAAUCUGUUUGUGGUCAGCUCUUACACUGAUUUCAUUCAGCCUUACCACAGCUGGAUUGCACCAACAGGGAAUUAAAUAGCAUAUUGGUUAUAUUAUCUUUUAAUGCUUAAUGGAACAACCCAGCUUGUAUGUCAGUAAACACACAAUAAUGACAUCUAGAGGCCAUUUUGUCUGGCCAGAUGAUAGUUUCCAGAUACUUCAGGAAUCUCUGUCACAUCAGUCAGCUCUGUGGGACGUCAGUACACUUCUUCUUACCGGAGACAUUCUGCCUGUGCAUUGCCCUCAGAUAAACAGCAGUAAUGUUAUUAGCCAUCAGCUUGGUAAGCUUGUAGGCAAGGAUUUAAUUCAUAAUUGCAUAAAUCCUUGUGUGGUUGCCCACUGUGUGUAUAUGUGUGUGUGUUUGUUUUGUUUUUUCAAAGCUUAAUUAGAAAAGACUUGUCCACAGGAAAGUUAUCAUUAUUAUUUUAUUUAUUCUUUUUUGUCUCAUUUAUCAUUUUAAUGUAAACAUUGUCUUCCUUGCGAGCUACACAUUUCCAUUUUUAAAGCAAUAAGCUUUAUCAUAGGGCAUAGUUUCCAACUCUAUCUCCUCAAAAUGACUGUUUUCAUGACGUUCUUACAGUUAAUUAUUAAUGGUAAAUUAUUUUCUUCGUGAAAUCAACUCUCAGGAAUGAGUGCACCCAAGCAGGCACCGCCACUUUUUCCUCACUGUACCGAAAACACACCGAACUGUGACCUCAAUGCCGAGGUAUGUACUGAACCGUGACUUUUGUGAAACGUUCCACCCCAAAUACAGUUAGUGCCAUUUGCAACAAACGAAAAAUGGGUCUCCGAGGGUUUAUUUUUUUUACAGGAUGAAGCAACUUCUGCCAGUACGUUAAAAUCAACACAUGCAUCCUAAUGAAGUCAACUUAUUUAUUUUUUUAUGGAUUCUAGUAUACAUAUAUGCUAGCUAAUACCUCCUAAAAUGACUAGGGUGAAUGGAAGUUAUACUGUACAUUUGUUUGUUGCCUUUGGUACUAAUUAGUCAAGUACUAGUUUGUCAUCUCUGUUUUUGGGCCUUAAGUCUCUUUCAUGCGCCACCUUAAAUGGAUAGUUCGGACUUUUUAAGGUUGGGCUGUAUGAGUUACUUAAAUAUAAUCAGUGUAUUACCAACAGGAGAUGACAGUCAGCAUCCUUCUAGUUUGGAGAAACGAACAGGAGUACUGCCAAGGAAGCAAAGCAAUGUACUGCUGUGGAUGGGGGCAGCAGCAAACUGUAUUUUAGCCACCUAUAAAAAAAGACCCACCGAAAAAAUCUCUAUCGUCAAUCUAUAUCAUUCAAAGUGUGCACUAUAUUUAGAAUAUUUUUACUGCUUUACUUUGCCAUUAGACCGUUCCUUCCCACUACAUUUUCUCAACUGCAGGACUUCUGUAUUCCUACGCAUAGGCCCAACUAUGCCAAAUUGAAGACGGUCCACAAGACAUUGGCAUUCGGGGGGACUCUGGAUGAUUGUUGAUUCAGACUGCAUGUGAGGCACUGGCAUCCUCUGAUUCAGAAAGAUCCUGAAGUUGUUUUUUAACCGGCUCCAUGCAGCAGGUGGGCUUUGCAUCUGCACAGCCAGUUAGCUGGUGCUUUUUCUUGGCCUCCAGUUUCCACAGAAAUUUCCCCUUUUUCUCUCUCGGCCCAUUAAGUCUCCAUCUACAAAAGUUCCUCUGUAUACUGUGGUUCAUAAAGGUUUCCCCUUGUCGCCACAGUGAACGUCAUUUUGUCGUUGCUGUCACAAAUUUGUUGUCUCUUCCAAAAAAGGCUGAAAAUCUGACCUAACAGCUGAUCUCUGGUAUAAUUCAGUGUGCGGCACAGCCGCGCUUAUUUGUAGGAAUAGUAGUGUAAACAAACGGCAACCUCAGGCUGAGAAAUGAAUCCAAUGCGCAAGUGCCAAAACUGCAGUUCCUUGAAUGGCCACUUGAUGCUGGCUCCAAAACAGCGUAAAUCCCUUUAGUCCCCCAUGUUCACAUGUCCAACUUCUCAGCAGAUAUAAAUAGUUUACACCCUGGUACAAAAAACAGUUUUGGUCUCUAUAGCUAAUUUCAACAUUCAUGACAAUUGUACAGGGUUGAAUUUUUUUUAAUACUCUUCCAUUCACAUUUUAUUAAGUGUUAAGGUUAUGCAUAUUUAAGGGCGGGGCCGCCUGAGUGACAUACAUGUUACACAUAUAGCACACACUUAAACUGAUUUUUUUUUAGGUGGCUAAAAUAGGUUUUACUGCUCACCCUGUCCACAGCAGUAUAUUGCUUUCCUUCCAUAACAGUACUCCUGCCUGCUUCGCCAAAUUUAAGACAUGCCGUCAGCCAUCUACUAUAGGUAAUCCACUGACUGUAGAUAAGUACCUCAUAAAACCCCACUUCAAAAAAUCUGAGCUCUCCCUUUAACAGUCAGAGCCAACAUCAUGCCUUUUUAUUGCUGUUAAAUGGCCUUCUUUUCACCAUCUUUUCUAAAGCUUGUAGUUUUUUUUUCCCCACUCCUGUAGAUUCAAAAGAACCUCUGGCUGAUGGUUUGAAACAGUGCCCUCCAGUGGUCAAAUGUGGAAAAAAUCAUUAACAACUGUGGUAUUUGACAAGUGCUUUAUUCCAAAGUUCAGGUCAUCUCUUAAUUUAAUUUCUAUAUAACAGGUCAGGAAUUAUUUCCACAAUAACAAUAACACACCCAAGCACAAGUAUCCACUGUAUAAACCUAUACUCAGAACCAUGGAAAUAAAAUGAACUGUCAUUUUAUUUCUAUACCGUAAACCUAUACUCAGUAGGUCAGGUCUUUUCUGGGGUCAUACCAGAGCAGAGAGAUUUAACAAAACAAAUACUGUAGUAUGAGUGUUUCAUUUGGGAUUUGUUUAUCUUAAUAUUUGUAAUGCAGCUUAAAUAUCAUUUGAUCCUAAAGGGUUCAGUACAGUUAGAUAAUGUCACUGCUCCACAUGGAUGAGAGGCUAUAUAAUCUACCCUUUGAAUUAUAUUCAGAUAUUAAACACUAAUAGUCAUAACUGAAAAAAAUCAACUUUAAGAAAAGAACAAAAAAACCCAAAAAACAUUGUAUUUAUUUUGUUUCCCAGCUUCCCAGUUCAACGUAAUGGUCCAUUGUGUAGGAUUCAUGGGCAUCUAAUAGCAGAAAUUGUGUGUAAUAUUCCUAACUAUGUUUUCAUUAGUUUAUAAUGACUCAAAAAGAGGAAUAAUUGUGUUUUUGUUACCUUGGAAUGAGCUGUUUUUUUAUCUACAUGUGAAACGGGUCCUCUUCCACGGAGUUUACCAUAUUGUUUCUACAGUAGCCCAGAAUGGACAAACCAAACACUGGGUUUAAAAUGGGCCAUUCAUUUUUUUUUUUUUUUGGCCACCAUACUUCUCCUACACACUUGGCAUAUGGGAGAAGUUUCAAUUCUGCAACCUCACCGCUAGAUGCCACUAAAUCCUACACACUAGACCUUCAGGAUACGGUCACAUUACUCCUCUGCCCAGCAAAUGUUCACUCAGUCUGCUGUUAAUGUUAGUUGACUUGGACGAAUUCAAGCAUACGUUUCCUGUUAUGGUUCAUCUUUGUUUAUCUUUGAUCUUGCUGAUGUGCACGGUUACUCAGUAGGAUCACUGCUGAACUGUGCACACAUAAUAACUUUAGUACUCCAGCUCUAUGGCACCAACUUAUUUAGCCACAGUUUCAGGUUUAUAAUCACACUUAAAAAUAUUUAUUUAUGACCCAGGCUGCAAUUGUGAUAUGUUCUUCUUUGAGGCUGAGAGCUGGGCAAUUUUGUUAAAUGUGACUGUACCUUUAGGCUGUAAAGGACACAGGAAGUGGAAAGUAAGAAGUCAGUACACUGCACAUGGGAUAUUACAGGGCAUUUGAGUGAAUGGUCUAAAGUGCAACGCCAAGGUCCAGCUAAAAAUAUUUCUAGUCCACCUGAGUGUCAUUUUUCAGUUAUGUAUUAAAUUGUCAACUUCUUUUAUAAAUGCUUUAAAGGUUGAAAAUGCUUACCUGUCAAUCAAAGGUGAACAGCUCUGCAUUGCAAACUACAUCAGAUUGUUUUUAACAGACUGUUGCCCUCUUUACCUCCAUUAACAGCUUUGAUGUAGUGAUUCAUACAUGUUCUUUUUAUCCUCUUUUGUAAGAGUAACUUAAAACCAGGCUGUAAACUACUUUUGCUGCCCUCUCUUGUUGAAGGUCUUCUCCCUGUUUCACAAUCAGUGAUGCAUGGUUGUGGUUAGAAAUGUGGCCUGUCGCACCUCUAACCACACCCAACAGAGCAGUGAUGUCUUUGGGGUUUUGAAGUGCACCUGUACAUCUCUGUGUGCAACCACUGGAGGUCAGCAAAGACAACAUUUUCAGGGGGUCUUAGGUUACUCUUUAAUGAUUUCUUAAACUGUCUGAUUUUUUUUUAUUUUGCAAUAAGGUUCAGGAAAAAUAACUCUUUCACUCACACGUUAACACAAUCUGUUAUCUGUUUUCCCUCUGUAAGGCUUGGGGAAAGUGACUUCAUUCAGUGUAACCAAGACGUACAUUAUUUCAUCAUAAUAAUCAAUAUGUAUACUGCUGUUUGCAAAUUGAUUAAUGUCACACUUAUAUUUUGGUUAAAAAAAAGAUUGCUGUAUAUUAUAUUUGAAAUUUAAUUUUUUUAAAGUACCAAUCCAAUGUUUUACCUCAGUACUCAGAAGGUAAUGUCGUCAUUUAAAGAUUGAAAAUCAGAUACAAAAUUUAGCUCUGGUCUAAGAUAUAGUCAAAAUACUGUACAUUGAUUUGCAGUCUUAGCGGUGAUCCUCAAUUGAACUGAUGAAGGGAUUUUUCUUACAGUUUUUAAAUAAGUAUUUUAAAUAGGAUAUGCUCUGGGACAAAAUGCCAUUGUUGACGUAAUGAUGUCAACAUGAUUUUACUUAGAAUAGCGUUCUUUUUGUUGAUUAAAUACAAAUUAUAUCUAAGAUAUGCAUGCUUUUAAUAAGAGUACUGAUAUAUAAAGUUAGAGCCGACAUGAUUCACUUCCAUCUGUUGAGAAACACUGGCUUUAUGAGUAGACGUUACCUUGAGACACUCAUCACGAGUCAGACAAGCAAGCGGGACUGAUAAUUAACCUUUCGAGGUGGGAGUAGCGACGCUGAUCAUGGGUUGGUGUUAAUGGGUUGACAUCAUCCAUUUUCAGAAGAUGUAUUAUGUAAAUACAUGAGAACUGCUGUUUUUAUGCCACAAGGGGGAGCCUUCAUUUCAGAGAUACAGUAGGGAACACCAAUAACAUUAUACCUCUAUUUUCUACAGUAGCAUUUCAAAAGGUUUUUGAUAUAAUAGAAAACUCAAGUUAGAUACUGUUAUUAGACAACUGAAAUCAGCUGUAAGUUUUAUUUUGUUUCAGGAUUUUAACUUAUUCAGAUAAUAAUUGUAAAAUAUGGUAUAAGAAUGCAAACAUGGAGAUCUUUUUUUUUUUAACUAUGGAUUAUAGUCUGUAUUAUCAAUUCAGGUUAAGAAACUAGUGUUGCUUUCAUCCUAUUUUACAGGCAUUUCUUCCUUUUAUACUCUGCUAAAAUGCAAAAAAAAUGGGUUUGAUUCUCUUCAUUUUGUCUUUUUUAUCGCACUUUGGCAGCAGAUUCCUGUGUAGCUUCAGAUCUGAGUUGUCUUAUUAGUAAGCCUAAUUUAUACUUUUGUAGCAACACUAUUUUUAUAUAAUGGCGAAGAAAGGGUUCAGUGUCUUUUUCUUUUGUUUUUCCUGUGUCAUAUGUGGCAGCGCUGUUCAAUGUUUCUUGAAUACAUUACCCACUGUAGUAUGUGAUGUGUGAAUAAACUCCAAAUCUGUGUCAA